AUGGCGACUUCAAGUCUUUGCCGGGCGCAAUUCGGGCGACUGCUCGCACAAUCCAGAAGCUCGGCAGGACGACCCUCCCAGCUCUCACGACCAUGGGUUGGCCGGCAAAGCGCGCGAUCUGUUGCAGGCUCUCAACUGAGACGGACCUUCUACACAAGCUCUGCCAGUGAUGAGUCCAACAGCUCACCCACGGCAGAAGUCUCACGCGGGGCUUAUCUCCCUCUCGAUACGUUUGCCAGACGCCAUAUUGGGCCUACCUCGGAUGCUACCGAACAGAUGCUGAAGGCUUUGGAUCCGCCUGUCAAGAGCCUGGAUGAGUUCGUCCAGCAAGUUCUCCCGAGCGACAUCCUGUCAUCGAAGGACCUCGAAAUCGACGCGGCGAGAUCUGGAGGGGAGGAAGGAUAUACCGAGUCACAAUUGCUGGCGAGACUGAAGUCAAUUGCUUCGAAGAACACCAUUGCGCGAAGCUACAUUGGAUGCGGGUAUGCGGGAACUAGAGUACCUGAGGUCAUCAAGAGAAACGUCUUGGAGGGGCCUGGGUGGUAUACAAGUUAUACUCCAUACCAGCCAGAGAUCAGUCAAGGACGACUGGAGUCGCUGCUGAACUUUCAGACACUGGUCUCUGACUUAACGGCGUUACCAAUCUCCAAUGCCUCGUUGCUUGACGAGCCUACAGCUGCUGCUGAGGCAAUGACCUUGUCCCUGAACGCGCUUCCAACCCCAAGACAGAAGAAUAAGAAUAAGACCUACUUCGUCAGCCACCUGGUCCACCCACAAACCAGGGCUGUUCUCCAAAGCCGGGCCGAUGGAUUCGGUAUCAGGAUUGAAGUUGGCGACGUUCUCGCAGAUGGGGGAAAGCGGAUUAAGGAACUCGGCAGCGACUUGGUUGGAGUUCUAGUCCAAUAUCCCGAUACUGAAGGUGGUGUUGAGGAUUUCAAGGGCCUGGCUGACAUUAUUCACGAGCAAGGUGCUACCUUCAGCGUUGCUACAGAUCUCCUAGCCUUGACCGUUCUGACUCCACCUGGCGAGUUUGGCGCUGAUAUUGCCUUCGGAAACGCUCAGCGAUUUGGUGUACCUUUUGGAUACGGAGGACCUCAUGCGGCUUUCUUUGCUGUUAGCGACAAGCACAAGAGAAAGAUUCCGGGGCGUCUUAUUGGAGUUUCGAAAGAUAGACUGGGCGACCGAGCUAUGCGGUUGGCCUUGCAAACCAGAGAGCAGCAUAUUCGACGAGAGAAGGCUACUAGCAAUGUCUGUACAGCACAAGCACUGUUGGCGAACAUGAGUGCGUUCUAUGCCAUCUACCACGGUCCGCAAGGUCUCAAGAAUAUUGCUGAGAGAGCUAUCAAUGGCGCCAGGAUUAUCGAGGAAGGCCUUAGAACUCUUGGGUUCGAGACCGGCAGCAGAGGAAAGGGCGAAGAUGGAAGAGUACUCUUCGAUACCGUUGUCGUUAAUGUUGGUCAGGGGAAAUCAGAUGAGGUCCUGGCACACGCCCUCGACACAUACAAGAUCAACUUGAGGAAAUUUGACGACAGUCGCCUGGGUAUAACCAUUGAUGAGACCGUCGAUAUUGAGGACCUUCACGACAUCCUUUCAAUAUUCAAGAAGUUCGCAAAAUCCGCCAAAGAAAUCAAGAUCGAUCAGAUCAUCGCAUCCCUACCCGGGAAUGGGACGCUGCCCAUCCCUGCUGCGUUAAAGAGAACCUCGGAGUAUCUCACCCAUCCCGUGUUCAACUCUCAUCAUUCUGAGACUGAGCUGCUUCGCUAUAUCCACCAUCUCCAGUCGAAAGACCUGUCCCUGACCCACUCCAUGAUCCCCUUGGGAUCUUGCACCAUGAAGCUCAACGCUACAACCGAGAUGGCUCCUAUAACGUGGCCAGAAUUCUCAUCUAUUCAUCCAUUCGCACCGCCUGACCAAGCCACUGGCUACAAGAUGAUGUUUGACGAAUUGGAGGCAGAUCUGGCUAAAAUUACUGGAUUUGAUGCAGUUUCUUUGCAACCAAAUUCCGGUGCCCAAGGUGAAUUUACUGGACUUCGUGUUAUUCGAAAGUACCAGGAGCAGCAGCCUGGCAAGAAGCGCGAUAUUUGCUUGAUCCCAGUGUCUGCUCACGGUACAAACCCAGCUUCUGCUGCCAUGGCCGGCAUGCGCGUCGUCACUAUCAAAUGCGAUACGAAGACGGGUAACCUAGACAUAGCGGAUCUGAAGUCAAAGUGUGAGAAAUACAGUGAAGAGCUUGGCGCCAUCAUGAUUACUUAUCCUAGCACCUUUGGUGUUUUUGAGCCCGAGGUCAAGGCUGCGAUCGAUAUCGUUCAUCAACAUGGUGGCCAGGUGUACAUGGAUGGUGCAAAUAUGAACGCCCAAAUCGGUCUUUGCUCUCCGGGUGAGAUUGGAGCCGAUGUCUGCCAUCUCAACCUUCACAAGACUUUCUGUAUCCCCCAUGGUGGCGGUGGUCCUGGUGUUGGUCCAAUUGGUGUAAAGUCUCAUUUGGCACCUUUCCUGCCAGGGCAUCCGCUCGUUGCAACAGGCGGUGAGAAGGCCAUCGCACCUGUGAGCGGUGCUCCAUGGGGAAGCGCAAGCAUCCUACCGAUCAGCUGGUCUUACAUCAAGAUGAUGGGCGGUCGAGGCUUGACACAUGCCACGAAGAUCACGCUCUUGAAUGCCAACUAUAUCAUGUCCCGACUUCGUCCCCACUAUCCUAUCCUAUAUACCAACGUCAACUCUCGCUGUGCUCACGAAUUCAUCCUGGAUGUUCGAGGCUUCAAAGAAACUUCUGGUAUUGAAGCCAUUGACAUCGCAAAGCGCCUUCAAGACUACGGUUUCCAUGCCCCAACUAUGAGUUGGCCAGUAGCUAACACUCUCAUGAUCGAGCCCACCGAAUCCGAGAGCAAAGAAGAGCUGGAUCGCUUUAUCAAUGCCUUGAUCUCGAUCCGAGAGGAGAUCCGGGCUGUUGAAGAAGGAAAGGCUCCCCGAGAAAACAAUAUCUUGAAGAUGGCACCACACUCCCAGAAGGAUUUACUGAUUGGAGAGUGGGAUCGUCCAUACACCCGUGAGCAGGCUGCGUACCCAUUACCUUGGUUGAAGGAGAAGAAAUUCUGGCCUAGCGUUACGAGAUUAGAUGAUACAUACGGCGACAUGAACCUUUUCUGUACCUGUGGGCCCGUCGAUGCCGUCGACGAAGUCUAA